AUGCUUCCAUGCCACAAAGGCAAUGCCGGUGCAGACUCGCAACCAGAGUCUCUGGGAAGUGUGCUGGUAGGUGCCACGCAGAACUUCGGUUCAUUGCUCCGAGCAGACGUUCUCGAGCGCCACCAUUCGUCGAACAAGUCGUACGACAGCAGGGCAACGCUGCAAGACCGGACCCAGCUCCAAGACGGGUUAUCCGGCCCGGUGGAUGCCAUGGCACCGCUCAUACAGCAGGCUGUGCCACUGCCGGCUGAGCCAGGCUUCCUGGAAAGAUGGCCUGGCAAUGUGGAUGUCUGGCUGGCAGGUAUUUGCGGCCUUCUGCCCGUCGCUUUCGUGCUGGGCUGCCUCUACAUGAAUAGGAAGCAGCCAAGAAGAGGAGGCUGCAGAGCGGUCCUCGAGGGCAUACAGGUGUCGCUGCUCCUGGUGAUCGUGGGAUCCUUUCCUUUCAGCUGUGCAGACGCUGUUGCAGGGAGCCUCUCCUGCGCCUCAGCAGCCGUGAUCGAACUCGGCUCCGGUUCAGAGCUUCUGAACACAGGCCUGGGCGCCCCCGACUCCAUGCUGCUUCGGUUGCAGGCACACUUCGUUGCCCUAGCUCGGUGCUCAGGUUCGCUGCAGCCCGUGCUUUGUUUUCAUGUGUGUGGAUGA